GUGCAGACAGACGCCUUCCUCUCAGCAUGAAGCACCUCACCCCUGCACCCCGGGCCACUCUGGCCCUCAGCCUGGUCUUUGCCUCCUUCCACUUGGUUUGCUUGGCAGAAGCAAGGAACAGCAUCAACGCAACCUUGACCACCCACCACCCAGACCCCGGAACCCUGGAGCAGUGUCCCAAUGUGGACUUCUGCCCGCAGGCAGCCCGGUGCUGCCACACUGGAGUGGAUGAAUACGGCUGGAUCGCGGCCGCGGUUGGCUGGAGCCUGUGGUUCCUCACCCUCAUCCUGCUCUGUGUGGAUAAACUGAUGAAGCUCACUCCGGAGGAGCCCAAGGAUUUGCAAGCAUGAGGCUUAGAGCCGCAGCCCCAAGAAUGGCCGUGGCCACCACUGGGUGGGUAACAGCGGGAGGGGAGUGUGGUUGCCGAUGUGGUUCCUGCCACGUAACGGUCAUCUGUCACCUUUGUGCUUCAGUUGCUCUUGAAAGGGGAGGAAGAUGGAGAGGGGGAUGCAAGGAAGGAAAGCCAGUGCCGCUUCACACCUAAAUUCCCAAGGCGGUCGUGCCUUCUGAGCGCCGACAGUCUCCUUUCACAGUCUACGGGGAGUGCUUCCCUUGUAACCACUGCUUCCUUCUGGAAGCACAAGAAACAUGCGACCUAGACUCUUGUCCAUGCAUUCGGAGCUAAACUCAGAGCCUUCUCACCAAAAAGGUCAUUGUCUUCCAUCCCUCGCUUCAGUCACGGGCGCCGCUGUCGCAGUUCAAAACGGAAGCAUCGUCAUUGACCCACUCUCUGUCCUCACCCCCAUGUGCCUUGCUUCUCCAGCCCUUGUCCCUUCUUCAAGGUACCUGCCAGGGCCAUCCCGCCCCACUCUCCCCGCCGGCACCCCGGUUCUGGCCUUCCUACAUCGCCCCUACGUGGUCGCAGACCCAUCCCGUGUAGUUCUCACCACCGGCAGGAACCUGCCUCCCCACUGGCCACUCCCCGGGGGCAGCUGUGAGCAUGACCUUCAGUAACACCUAACACAGAACUUCAGUCUGGCCCUCGGCUCCUGGCGGGAGUCCGACCGCCUUCCCAGGCCUGUCUCCCCGCACAUCCAGGGCCAGGGCGCCGCGGGGCUCCGAUGGCCCAGUCUUCAGCCCCCCAUCUUCCACUUCUCUGCUGCCAGGCCCUCGCCUCCGGGCCUGCCUUCCAACUCCGCCUCCAGAUUGGAGGAUUGAAACUCCCUUCCCCGACGGCCGUGGGGGACCUGGAGCUGGUGCUUUUUGGGGCGCAUCUGCUCCGCCCUGAAGUGCAGCCCUUGCGAAGACACGGUCCGUGCUACUUCCUCUCGCUCCUGGGGACAGAACGCUCUUCGUAACAUUUGUCCCAUGAAUGAAUGGAUGAACGAAUGAGUCCUUGCCCUAGAUGAACUUACACUUAUCGCUCCGCAUACAGCACUUCCAUUUCUCUAUAAAUGGUUGAAAAUAGCCAGCCUCUAAAAAAGCCA